CUUGCGGCUUCCCGCAGAAUGUGGAUGACGCCCAAAAGGAGCAAGAUGGAAGUCGACGAAGCUCUUGUUUUCCGGCCCGAGUGGACCCAGCGUUAUUUGGUGGUGGAGCCUCCGGAGGGCAACGGUGCUCUGUGCCUGGUGUGUCACCGUCUCGUCGCUUCUACCCGCGAACGCGAUGUCAGACGCCACUAUGAGGCCGAACACGAAUUCUACGAGCGGUAUGUGACGGAGGAGGAGCGCGCGGCCCUGGUGGAGCGUCUCCGGCAGGGCGAUGUGUCGAUCGCCGACGUGCUCACUCCCGAGGAGAAAGCUGCGCGUGCAGGCCUCGGGCUCUGCCGCCUGUUGGCUUUGAAGGGCCGCGGCUGGGGUGAGGGGGACUUUGUGUACCAGUGCAUGGAGGUGUUUCUGAGAGAGGUACUGCCUGAUCAGAUAGGCGUCCUGGAAGGCAUUGAUUUAUCUCCGGAGAUCACGAGGCAGAGGAUUUUGAGCAUUGACAAUAAUCUACGCAGUCAGCUUUUUAAUCGAGCCAGGAACUUUAGGGCCUAUUCUCUUGCUCUGGACGACCAGGCUUUUGUAGCCUAUGAGAACUAUCUCCUCGUCUUUAUCCGUGGCGUGGACUCCGAUUUGGAGGUGCAGGAAGACCUUCUGACCAUCAUCAACCUGACUCAUCACUUCAGUGUCGGUGCGCUCAUGUCGGCGAUUCUAGAGGCCCUGCAGACAGCAGGGCUUAGCUUGCAGCGAAUGGUUGGACUGACCACCACUCACACUUUGAGGAUGAUUGGGGAGAACUCGGGACUUGUCUCGUACAUGAGAGAAAAGGCCGUGAGCCCCAACUGUUGGAAUGUUAUCCACUAUUCAGGGUUUCUUCACUUGGAACUGUUGAGUUCUUACGAUGUAGACGUUAAUCAAAUCGUAAAUACCAUAUCCGAAUGGAUAGUCAUGAUUAAGACCAGAGGUGUUAGGCGACCGGAAUUUCAGCCAUUGCUCACUGAGUCUGAAUCAGAGCAUGGUGAAAGGAUCAAUGGACGGUGUCUGAACAAUUGGCUUAGAAGAGGGAAAACAUUAAAACUGAUAUUUUCACUAAGAAAAGAAAUAGAAGCAUUUUUGGUUUCAGUAGGGGCCACGACGGUCCAUUUUACAGACAAGCAAUGGCUUUGUGACUUUGGCUUUUUGGUGGAUAUUAUGGACCACCUUCGAGAACUCAGUGAAGAACUGCAGGUUAGUGGAGUCUUUGCUGCUACUGCCUUUGACCAUAUUUGUACUUUUGAAGGUAAGCUGAAUUUGUUUCAGAGACAAAUUGAAGAACAAGAUUUAACAGAUUUUCCUGCCUUCAGCGAAGUUGUUGAUGAGCUAAAACAGCAAUUUAAGGAAGAUCAAAAAAUAUUUGAGCCUGACAGGUAUCAAAUGGUGAUCUGUCGCCUACAAAAAGAUUUUGAGAGACAUUUUAAGGACCUCCGAUUCAUUAAAAAAGACUUAGAGCUUUUUGCAAAUCCAUUUAACUUUAAGCCUGAAUAUGCGCCUAUUUCAGUAAGGGUGGAGCUAACAAAACUUCAGGCAAACACUAACCUUUGGAAUGAAUACAGAGUCAAAGACUUGGGGCAGUUCUAUGCGGGAUUGCCUUCUGAAACUUACCCAAUUAUUAAAGGGGUUGCCUAUAAAGUGGCAUCCUUGUUUGAUAGCAACCAAAUCUGUGACAAGGCUUUUGCAUAUUUGACACGAAACCAACACACCUUGAGCCAGCCAUUGACAGAUGAGCAUCUUCAAGCUCUUUUCCGGGUUGCCACAACUGAAAUGGAUCCCCGCUGGGAUGAUCUUAUGAGAGAAAGAAUUGAAUCUAAUCCAUAAGUCUUUGUGGUACAGCACUGGAACAAGAAUUCAAUUCUAAAAAAAAGAUUUUUUUCAAAGUUUACUAAUUUAGAUUCCUGUAAAACACCAAGUUUAUUACAAGACAUCGAAACGGAUCAGAAUUCACAGCCUUCCAACAGUUGCCUUUUUUCCAUCUCCUAUGGCAGCGUGGGACUGAAACAUGAGAAUUCUACUUUAGAAACUUAGCUUAAUGACUAGUCAUUGUCCUUUACUUUGUAUGAUAUAAUUGAUUUUAACGGAGUUUAGUAUUGAUAGUGAGUUGAACUAGAAGUCUGUUUUUAAGGUGUUCUGAAGAUAUAUGCCAAAAAUUUUAGCUUAGUUUAAUAUAAUGUUAAAAUUCUGAUACAUAGUCCAAAAUCGUCAACUCCUUAAAUGUAUUUAAUUCAGUUUACAAAAACUCAUAGCAAGUUCACAAGUUUCUGAAAAGGAAAAGCAUACAAACAUACAGUGGAGGUAUUUUGUCUAACAAAAUGUUUGAGGCUAUUUUUUUAAAGCAUUUCUGAGUCCAAAGUAAAUAUUGACAGGUUUUUCUCCCGCUCACCUUCUCCCCACCGACCCCAGUGAUAUUACUAACAGGAAUUAAACAAGAUUUUAAUCAGAUGAGCAAGAAUCAUUUUUAAGUUGCUGAUUUAGGAGACUUCCUACAAUUUGGAGUUUCCUAAAUUAUUACUAUUGGGAUUUCCCAUGAAUUUUUUUACAAGUAGGGGCUGUUUUAUCAGCUUACCUUUUAAAGAACUGUGGUAAGUAUAGAAUCUUGACCAUUGCCAAUUAGUAAUUGUUUUUUCUACUCUGGACGGAAGUUUCAGUCUACCAAAAGGGUGAAGAAAAAGAUUUUUGCACUUCAGGAUCAAGAGAUUUGAGAUAUUUUAGCUUACUUGUCUUUAUCUGCAUGGCCUUAUGAAGAAAUCUUGGGUAAAGGAAACGCUUUAUUUUAAGAUGAUACAGUAUCAGAUUUUGUUAGCUGCUGGAAAUGGAUUUAUUCUAGAAUUUAAAAGUGCUCCACACAUUCAAUAGUUAAGACAGUACACAAGUAGAAAAUUUUCAAAUCUCAAGAAGCAGUGUUAUUUAAACAUUGUAGUAAUUCUGUAUUGCUAGUAAGAUGUUGGAUUUGUGCUGUGACAGUAAUUAAUCUUCAACGUAUAUUAGCUGUGCAAAGUCCAAUAUGUGAAACUGAUUUAAAAAUAAAAAAUAAUACUUGUAACUCUUAGAUUCUCAAGUACAAUUUGAAAACUGUUGUGCUACAAAGUCCUGUCUUAACUAUUGUAGCACAUUAUUUUAUGGUCACUAAUGUAAAUUUGAAGAACCAGGAUACAACCCAGAAUUUAGAAGGACCUGGUUCCUAGUAAUUUAAAUAGAAGCUGUAAGAUCUUAAGAACCAAAGUUGUAUCAUGGUUCUCAACCAGGGGUAGUAACCCUUGCAGUGGAUGCUGGGAAAUAUUUUUGGGCAUCUUACAGGUUGUCAUUAUUUACUGGGGGGGAAGGGUUUCUGCUGGUAUUUAAGCCUAACCAUUCCUUCCCCCAUGCAGUGCACAGGACAGCCUGGCAUGAUGAAGAAUUCUUUCUCCCAGAGUGCCAGUAGACCCUCCUCCUCAUGUACAUUAUCUUAUUUCAAGGGACAGGUCAAAUUACCGGUAGAAAAGAAUUGGACAGCAAGUUGGACAAACUGAGGGAUUUCUUGAUAGGAAAGAUUAAUUCCAACAUUCUAACGUGGCUGGUAAGAUCAAUAAAGGAGUUCACAAUAACAUUUAUAAAUCAGUGUAAUAUUAAAUCAGAUUAAGGCAUUCUCUCACUUCUUGGCUUUUUGGCUAAGAUCAAGAUUAAGGAGAUCUUUUAUUAUAAUUAGGGCAGAAAAAAGAAGUGUGGAGAAAGUAUGAUUUGAUCAGCAAAGAUGAAGCUUAAAUAACUAGAAAAACAAUGUAGACAAAAACUGAAAAAAUAAUCUACCGGUAAUUUCCUGAUAGCUUCGAGUAUUGUCUUUCAUAGCAAGUGCUUUAUUGGAAGACCUGGAAGCUGUUUCUGCUUUGUAGUCUCAGUUCCUCAAAUAAUGAAGUCUUGUACAUUUUGUGAUGUUCUAGUAUGUUUUGCUUAAGAUGAUAUUAAAGUUAGUUCAUAUCAUCUAGUUGUGUUUUGGGGGUGGGUGGGGAUAUAAGCCAAGGAUUUAAAACUUGAUCCUAGGCACUGGGGAAUUUGCUAUAACUAGUCUUGUCUGUAGAAAAACAAAGUGUAUUUUACUGUUUUCUGUAAAUUUUGUAGAUGCAUGACAGUCUUAUUUUUAAGUAUAUAGUUGUUAUUGAUCCUGUUGUAUUGGUGAAUAUAGUUAAAGUAAGUACCAUUUUAAAAAAAACUUGAUGUCCUUAACAGUUACUUCCCCAAAUCUCUCAUUUCCACUAAUUAUUCUGAAGGGUUUGCUUUCCCAGUCUCCCAUAUUGCCAAACUGUUCUACCAAACUCUCUUACUGCUUGUCAAAAUCACUGAAAUACUCAAUUACUUUAUUUUAGCUUUGAGGAGAUAAUCUUCUCCAGGUAUGCAUUCUCAUUCUUUGCAGGCUCCUUUUCCCUCAAGUAUCUGACCUUAAGGUUUUACUUUACUAAUUUUUUCAAGUCUGCCUAAACUUCAUUGCCCUUACCUAUCUUGAAUUAUAUCCCUGGCUGAUCCCAACUCGUACUGCUUCAGUUACCACCUAUAUGCAGAUCCCAAAUUCAUAUCCCCUUUCUAGAUUUUUUUUUUCCUAAGUUAUACCUAACUGUUAACAUAAAUCCACUUACGCUGUUUCACAGGCACCACACCGUGCCAUUGAUCUUGCCCCCACCCCUGCUUGUCCUCUCUUUUUCCUUCUUUCUUUCAUAGGUGGCACUGUCACUGCCAACUGUCUAGUUUCCUUUGCCCAAGCAAAAACCGAGUCAGUCUAAUCAUGUCACUCCACUGCUUUCAUCAUUGCUCUUAGAAUAAAAUAGAAAUUUCUGUUCAUCUUUCUGGUCUCAGUUUAUAUGCUACUUUGUCUAGAAAGCCUUCACUGAUGCCCUCUGGACCAAGUGGCCCAACCGUGCACUCUCAGUACUCCCUGUGCUUCCUCAGCCAUACACUUAAUUAACACUUGUUAUUGCAGCGUAUUGAUCACUACUAGAGUAAGCUUUAUAAGGGCAGGGACCAUAAAUAGACUUGCUCACUGUUACAUCUCUAAUGCUUAGCACAAUGCCUGGCAUUUGAGUAAAUGUUUGGAUAAAUAAGUAUUUGUAUGGUGUUUUAUGAUCUUUGAAGCUGUUUGCAGUUUCAUUUGACCUUUACAGUGAUCCUACCUGUUCACUGGGUAGUUCUCAGCCACAUAUUAUAAAUUAAGAAGUGAAGCUAAAUUCUUUGUGACUAGGAACCUUGUUACUGUAUUCCCAGAAUUUAGUGCAGUGCUUAGCAUGUGGGUGGAACAUUGCGGAUGUUGUUAAGGAAACAAACUGAGAUUGCCACUUUCCCUAGUAAGCAUGAGUACGAUUCAAACUCAGAUGUACUCACUUAAAUCUACUUUGUAAUAUUAAGUACAUUCAUGGCAUGGAAUCUUUAAUUUUUUUUAAUUUCCAAAGGAACCUACAUAUAGAGAGGAGAUUGUACAGCUGUUUAAGUUGAACUAAGAUACUACUUCAGUAAUCAAAAAGUUACAUUUGGUAUUGGAGAAAGAUAAUGCCACAUACAAGUUAAUACCCAUUUUUCCUUUUGUAAACAUCAACCCUAGGAAAAAUUGGCAUAUUAUUUACUUGUUACUUUGCUUUACAGCUGAUUUCUGACUCUUCUGGAAUUUAAAAGUAAGUAAAUUUAACAAAAUAUUAGAAGGGUGACUUAGGCCUUCUGGUUACUAGAUGUUCAUUUCGCUUGCUUUCCUACCUGCAGAAUGUGCUCAUCAUCUCCCCAAGGGAGAUACCCAAUGGAUAGCUGAUUAACGUGUACUUUUAGAUUUGCUACAUUUCUUUGCUUGUUCCUAUGCAUCUCUGAACUUAAUUUUUGGUUAGUGGGGCCUUUGAGAUUUAAAGAAAAGAGCCAUACCCUUAAUCUCUCUUAAAAUUACUUUUUCAAAUUUGAAGCAUUAACUCUUGAUUGGGCUUUUUAGUCUGAGGCACAUAAACUCAUUCAGAGAUCCUAAUGAUAGAUGUGAUAGUCAUCUUUGCUGCAGAAUUAGGUUUUAAUCAACCUUUGGGGUAAAGGAUUUCUCAUUUUUAUCUUGUAACUGAAAAGUUGCCUCAUACUACCAAGUAAAUACUUGAGUUUAUGAAUUCCUGCCUGAUUCAUUUCAUUUCUGCCUGCAAACUGAUUCCUUUUUUAGUUCAUCUCUUCUGUACAUUCUGCCAAAUGCAGCCAAUGACAACAAAGUAAUUUAUUUUUCUACAUUUUCUUUAAUAAAGAAUAGAUUAUCUGCCUUUCUGUUUAUCUCACGGACAGUUUCACUUCUGUAUAGUAGGAAUUGCCUCCAUGUAAGUUAUUUUUUCCUUCCUCCAAUAGCAGUUUCCUAAAUCCUUGCCAAUUAAUCACUAAGUCAGGUGUUCAGUAGUUAGUUCUUAAGUCUUUUAAAAAUGGAAUCAAUUCCUGUGUCAGGAUGGGCUGGGCUGCCAUGAGGUAACAACUGCAAAAUCUUAGUGUCUCAGACACAGUGUCUAUUGCAGCUUGGCUAAAGACUGCUGUAGGUAAGGAGCCGGCAGACUAAAGCCCACAGAUAGAAUCUGUCCUGUGUUUCCAAAUAAAGUUUAUUGGAGUACAGCCUUGUCCAUGUAUGUGUUGUCUAUGGCUGCUUUUUCUCUACAGUGGCAGAGCCAAGUAUUUUUAAUAUGCCUAAAAUAUUUACCUUAUGGCCCUUUAUAGAAAAAAGAUCACUGGUCCCUGCUGUAAAUUGUCCUCGUUCUAGGACUUGGCUGAUAAAGCAGAUAGCAUCAGGGUUUGGCUGCUCACUUGGGAACUGAAAAAAGAAAGUUGAGCAAAUAACUUGUAGGUCCUUAGCAGCCCUUGGUCAUGCCAAAGGUGAAGGAGUGUAAAUGACCCCAUGCAUCAUGGAGGAAAACCAGAAAAAAAAUUUGGAAGAUAAACACUAUUUGUUAACAUAUCAUAUCUCUACAAUUUUUCAUUAUAUUUUUGUCUUUUAUUGAGAUAAAAGUUUACAAGUGUAAGUGUAUACCUCUGAGUUUUUUUAUAUACCCUUGAAUGUGCCACCCAGAUCAAGGUAGAAAAUAUUUGUUACCCCAGGAGGUACUUUAUAGCUCUCCCACACACAGACAACUGUUAUUCUGACUUUUAUUGCCAUCAGUUUUGCCUAUUUUAAGAUUAUAUGUAAAUGAGAUAAUUAUAUGCAGUUUUUUUGAACAUUAUCUACAAGAGUAAUCUAUGUUGUAUGUAGCAGCAGUUCAUGUUUUACCUGUGUAGUAUUCCAUUAUAUGAUUGUUCUACAAUUUAUUCAAUCUAAUGUUGAUGUAAAUUUGGAUUGUUUCCAGUUUGUGGUCUUUAUGAAUAAAGUUGCUGUGAAAAUUUU